GAGGGGCGGAGCUGGAGGCAGCGAGUGGCGGAGGGUGCCCAGCGGAGGACUUGGCUGCUUUCUCCCUGCACGGGAUCGGUGCCGCCGCAGGGAAGCAGGGCCAGGCUUGGUGCCAGCCCCCAGCCCGGGGAGGCAGAGCGCGCGCAGCAGGCAGCCAGCCGGGGAGCGGCAGCGCUGAGCAAGGAGCCAGCCUGGGGAGCCGGAGCCCGCCUCUGCCCUUCCGACGGCGGCAGCUGGCGCGCGGCUCGGUCUCCCGCUCCGCGCGGGGGCAGCGCCUCCGCUCGCCCGCUCACCUCGGCCGCCUGCUGCCCGCAGCCUGCAGAGGCGCCUCCGCCCGCCCGCAACUUAGAGCGAAGGCGCGCGGGGCGCAGCGUCCCCCGCCGGGGCCCCCGGAGGCGGUGCGGUCCCGGGGCCGGCUGCGGGGCUUGGGGCUUGUGCCUGUGCCCGUGGGGCUGGGCAGAGGCGAGGCCGGCGGCGGGGAAGCGGAGCGCGACAGGAGGGGGCGCGGGGCGGAGGGCGCCGCCCGCUCCGAGGUGCGGCGGGGCAGGGGCAGGAUGUGAGGAGCCGCCGGCCCCGAGCCAGUCCCCAGCGCCCGGCGCGGCCUCAGCAUGAGCGGAAUGAAGGCGAAGGACUCGAGGGCGCCUUCCUCGGCCAGGGCCGGCUCGGUCCGGCUGCAGGGCCGCCCUGAGCUGGACCCCUUCCGCGGGGGGGCGGAGGCCGUGGACAUCUCCCUGCACGGGCUGCUCUGCCCCAAAAGCCGCGAGGAGGAGGAGGAGGAGGAGGAAGAGCAGCAGAGGCGCCCAGAGGGGGAGGAGAGGGGCCCCUCGUCGCAGCGGGAAGGCAGCGGCUCCCCGCCGGAUAGGGACGCUCUGGACAGCGUCCUCGACACUUUCUUGGCUCCCGCGGCCCACGCCAGCUCGGCCAGCGCCCCCGCGGCUUGGUGCCUCUUCGGGGCCGAGCUCCCCGGCGCGCUGAUGAGCCGCCGCUCCGAGCCCCCGCCGGGAGAAACAGCCGCCGCCCGCCCAGACAGCCCGGCUGCAAACUCGGGCUCCGUGCCGCCUCCGGCCCCGGCCGCCCCCCUUUGGCCGGGCGGGGGCCCCCCGGCAGCCGCAGCCACGCUGCCGCCCCAGCGGGAGGGCGGGGGACCCGCGGAGAGCGCGGGGGGGCCGCGCAGUGCCCCCGAGGCACUCUCCGAGGAAGAUCACGGCUUUGCCUCUGGGGGCCCCGCUGAGCAGGACGCCGGCUCCGGGAGCAGCCUUGCUCUUGCCCCUGCCUUCACCGCUGCCCCCGGGAGCUCCGCGGCUGCAGCAGGGCCCGGGCAGGAUUUCCUCCAUGUGCCCAUCCUGCCCCUGAACUCGGCCUACCUGGCGGCCAGGACUCGGCAGCUGCUGGAUGUGGAGGAAUACGAGAGCAGCCUCUUUGGCCGUCGUGCGUCCCCCACCUCCACCCCCCACGACUUCGCGGACUAUGUCUAUCCCCAGCCCGACUCAAAGGAGGAGCAUUAUAGCUACGGGGACUUCCAGCCAGCUCUAAAGAUCAAGGAGGAAGGAACUAGUGCCACCACCCCCUACUUGGGCACCAAGACCACUCCAGCAGUAACGUGCACAGACUACAGGCUGGCCCCGCCGCAGCCGAGAGCCAGCCAGGAGUCCUCCCCUCUCGAGUGCAUCCUGUACAAAACUGAGUCUUCAGUUCUGACCGGGCCCUAUGGGCCGCCGCACUGUAAAGCAUCGGGGAGCUCAAGCUGUAUGGUUCAGCGGGACAGUCUGCCCUCCACAUCAGCAGCCCCUCAAGCCCUUUACCAGCCGCUCAACCUGAACGGCCAUCAGCAACUUGGCUUUCAGACAGCCAUGCUCAAAGAGAGUUUGCCCCAGUUAUAUCCUCCCUAUGUCAAUUAUAUUAGGCCAGACACUGAAGUUGGUCAGAGUCCUCAGUACAGUUUUGAAUCAUUACCUCAGAAGAUUUGUCUGAUCUGUGGUGAUGAGGCUUCUGGUUGCCACUAUGGAGUACUUACCUGUGGAAGUUGUAAAGUCUUCUUUAAGAGAGCAAUGGAAGGACAGCAUAAUUAUUUAUGUGCUGGAAGGAAUGACUGCAUAGUUGAUAAAAUUCGUAGGAAGAACUGUCCAGCAUGUCGCUUGAGGAAGUGCUGUCAAGCUGGCAUGGUCCUUGGAGGUCGAAAGUUUAAAAAGUUUAACAAAGUCAAAGUUGUGAGGACACUAGAUAUUGUUGCACUCCAGCAGCCAGUGGCCCUUCCCGAUGAAAGCCAAGCUCUAACCCAAAGAAUAUCCUUUUCACCAAAUCAAGAAAUACAGUUUGUUCCCCAACUGAUCAGCAUCUUACAGGGCAUUGAGCCGGAAGUGGUCUAUGCAGGUUAUGACAACACACAGCCUGAAACCCCAAGUGCUUUGCUGACCAGUCUGAAUCAAUUAUGUGAGAGGCAACUCCUUUGUGUAGUCAAAUGGUCUAAAUCACUACCAGGAUUCCGGAAUUUACAUAUCGAUGAUCAGAUAACCCUUAUCCAGUAUUCUUGGAUGAGUCUAAUGGUGUUUGCAAUGGGAUGGAGGUCAUAUAAACAUGUCAGUGGUCAGAUGCUGUACUUUGCACCUGAUCUGAUACUAAAUGAACAGAGGAUGAAAGAAUCGUCGUUUUAUUCAUUGUGCCUAUCCAUGUGGCAGAUCCCACAGGAAUUUGUCAAACUACAAGUUAGUCAAGAGGAGUUCCUCUGUAUGAAAUCAUUAUUAUUGCUCAAUACAAUUCCUUUGGAAGGUCUGAGAAGUCAAAGCCAGUUUGAUGAGAUGAGAGCAAGUUAUAUUAGAGAACUGGUCAAGGCAAUUGGUUUGCGGCAGAAAGGAGUUGUGGCCAGCUCACAACGUUUCUAUCAGCUUACAAAACUUAUGGACUCCAUGCAUGAUAUAGUGAAACAACUCCAUCUGUUCUGUCUGAACACAUUUCUCCAGUCCCGGGCACUGAGUGUCGAAUUCCCGGAAAUGAUGUCAGAAGUGAUUGCUGCCCAGCUACCCAAGAUUCUGGCAGGGAUGGUGAAACCUCUCCUCUUUCACAAAAAGUGAAAUGUCUUUUCUCUUACUGAAGAGACAAUUUUUGUGCCUUUUUUGUUUGUUUGCUUGUUUAUUUUGAUCAGGAUUUUGCGGUUUAUUUUGGUCAGUAUUUUGCAGUGUCAGGACUUUAGGAUAUUUGUUCUAUUUACCAUACCUACCACCUUACUGUGUAAGUUUGAUGUCCAUAUUGUGCACUCCUGAUUUAUUUUACUGUUAAAAUCACAACUGAUAUUUGUCAUCAGAAAUGUUUUGUACUCCGGAAUAGGUUGCUCCUUAGGAAUUCACAAGAACAAUACUUAACAAACGGAAUCUGUAGUUAUCUAAGAACAGUUACCUUGUACAUUUUUUCUUUCAUAUUAUUCCUUUGAAAACUUCUGCUAUGACCUGGAGUAAACUUUUACUCCAAUAUACUGGGAGGGUGGGUGGGUGUGCAUAUGUAUAAAUAUUAAAGGUCUGAAUAAAUUAAAAUGUACAAUAGCCACAUUUACUUAUGGAAAUGUUCCCUUUUACUUACUAACCUGCCUCUCUGAAGUAGCAUUUCAAAGUACAGUAUCCAGAUUUAGAUUGAUAGUGGUACGGUAUCUUCACAAGUAGUUAGCAUAGUGGCAACAAAAUUUUGUGUGAGUGUGUGUGUGUGUGUGUGUCCAUACCAAAGUAAAACUGAAGCAAUUCUCUGCAAAGAUUGGAAGGAUUAAGAAA